AUGAUAUUGAAAAAGCUUAAGAACUGGAAUACUCAUCCUAGUGAUGCCGUCUCCGGCUCUUCCUAUACUGGACUGUUACUGCCAACAUCAACAACGAAAACAGUGGCGGAAAUGGCCCAACAGAUAGGUUCCAAAGACAAGGAAAUCAACAACUUGAAUAACAAGAUCACCGAAUUAACUGAACAAUUGGAAAGAUCUGCCAGGAAACAAAGUUUUGACAAUGAUAGUUGCGGGUCUUCAGUAAUGACCUCCAGCUUCCCGGUAGAGAGAAGUUCUUUGAUUAAUGAGCCAACAAGCUUACAAAAUAGAAGAACUAGUACCUCCACAGAUAGAAGCUUCAAGGGUGUUGAAUCCAUAAUUGGUUCCAAUACUGAUAACUUACAUCGUACCUACGAAGAGGCAAACUUCCAAUUGUUAGAGAAACUCAAGUUAAAAGAAAGUGAAAAUCAGAUAUUGGUCACCAGAAUCUCUCAGUUAACUGAAAGGGUCUCUGAUCUUGAAGAUGAAUUGUUCAUAGUAAAAAAUCACCUUCCCAACAAUAGCAACCUUGAAGAAAAAGAACAAGGAGAAGAAGAAGAAAAAGAAGAAGAAGAAGAAGACGAACAAGAAGAGCAUCACCAUGAACAUGAAGAGAGUUAUGCUUCCAAACAAGAUAUCCUGAUUUCGGAAGAAAUAAAGAUGAUGAGUACUGCUAUCCUUUGUCCACCUCCUCAGGUUGAUAAUGAUGUCAACCAGGAUGCCGCAUCUUUUAUUAAUGGAUUAUUUGACGCCAUUUCUUUGGAUAAUAAUGAAUUGGAACUCGGAUGUGAGCCAAGCACCAGUGACAUCAGUGAUGAUAAACAUCUUGUCUCUAAGAUUUCCAGUGCCUCCUUGAACUCCGCAGAAAGUACGGCUGAUACCUCGAUUUCCAGUUCCGAGAAAGAAAUGUCCAACUGCAGAAACUCUUGUGACAGCUUAUUAUCUUUGAAUAAAUCGGCCAUCAAAGUCGAUCUGAUCAAUGAACCUAUCAAGCCGUACAUGAAGACAAACUUGAGAUCCAAAUCUCCUUCCACUCGGUCUCUCAAAAACUUCUCCAAGAGAAGAGUCCAUCAAAUUUCUUCAUAUCUCAACCCAUCUAAAGAUAAUAUCCCUAUCCCAUCAUCGCCAGCUACCAUUAAUUCCCAAGUAUCUUCCAGAAGCUCUCUUUAUAAUGAAGAUCUGGAUGCACACACUAUUCCUUCUACUCCAGUGACCCCACUUACCCCACAAUCUGUCAAUUUUUCAGACUUCCCUGACCCAAAACUUUCCAACUACUUUGGUGGCAUCACCGCCAUUAAACAUUCAUACUCAACACCAUCUUUAACCAACUCAGUUUCUUCUACUGCCAUAAACUCUAACGUCUGUUCUAAAAAGUUAAACUUCGCUAAUGAAUAUGUCACAGAAGCAUUCGUCAAAAGAAUUCCCCAGCCGGCAACUGCAAAGAGAAUGAAGAGUGAGUCGAAUAUCCAUAGAUGUUUAUCCCCAGUGUCCAUGGAAAUUAUUAGAGAAAAUUAA